AUGCUGGAGAACGGGCGCAAGGUGUUCAAAGAGGGUCUGCUGGAGAAGCGCAGCGACGGGCUGCUGCAGCUGUGGAAGAAGAAGCUCUGCGUCCUGACGGAGGACGGCGUGCUCCUGAUGCCGCCCAAGCAGCACGACCACCCGCAGCAGCACCUCCAUCACCACCCCCACCACCACCAGCACCAUCAGCACCCCGCCGGAGGAGGUGGUGGAGGAGGUGGAGGAGACCCGGGCAAAGUCAAGGAGCUGCACUUCGCCAACAUGAAGACGGUGGACUGCGUGGAGCGCAAGGGCAAGUACGUCUACUUCACCGUGGUCAUGGCCGAGGGCAGGGAGAUCGACUUCAGGUGCCCGCAGGACGAGGGCUGGAACGCGGAGAUCACCCUGCGCAUGGUCCAGUACAAGAACCGCCAGGCCAUCCUGGCGGUCAAGUCCACGCGGCAGAAGCAGCAGCUGCUGGUGGUGCAGCAGCAGCUGCCCGGACAGACGAAGACUGUCCGCAGCGCGCCCAGCGUCGCGUGA